UGUGUUUCGUGUGUUUUGGAAGUUUCAGCUGGGCGCUGUGCUAAAAGUUUGUGAAUCUACCUCGAAUAUCCCGCACCAUGUCGAAGCUGUACCACGGAGUCGUUAACACGGCCGAUAAGUUUGUUCCCAACGCACUGCGCCCGUUAUGGAAUCAUGCUGCUGGUCCUAAAACUGUGUUCUUCUGGGCUCCGGUGUUCAAAUGGGGCUUGGUCAUUGCUGGAUUGAGUGACCUUCGGCGUCCUGCGGAUCAGCUGUCGAUCUCACAGUCGGCGUCAUUGGCCGCGACCGGAAUCAUCUGGUCUCGCUACUCGCUUGUGAUCAUCCCGAAAAACUGGGGAUUGUUCUCGGUCAAUGUGUUCGUUGCCGGAACGCAGAUUGUGCAGCUGUACCGUGCCUACGACGCAUCACAGAAGGCUAAGAAGGCCGCUGCUUCCCCGGUAACACAGUAGUAGCACUGUACGGAUUAAUAGAAGGACGGAUGGAUGGGCGGUUGUGAAAGCGUAGCGUUUAUGAAACGCUAAGGCGCCCGAAACUCUACUCCCCGCUGUACAUAUUGCAAAUUUGCUCUUAUGAUUUGACAAUUCCUUGUACAGGAUAAAUAAAUGCACCAACAGUCGGAAUGUUUGGACAUUGUUAA